AUGUCGGGCAUGGACAUGUCCUCCAUGGACUCCUCUUUCGCUCCUGGAGAUCAGGAAUUCGCCAAGUAUUUCUGGUAUGCGGUCGCUGCUGUCAUCGCCACCGCCGGCGUCGUGAAUGUUGCACACCAUGCGAUUUGUUUCCAAAGGUUACGAGCUUCCAGGCGCGGCGACGUCGCUCCAUCCCGACCACGGAAUUUUGUGUUGAAGAGUUGGGCAACAAUCACCGCCAUUACGCGAGAAUGUUCUUACCCGCAGUGGCUUCCGUCAAAGAGUUUUCCGCAGCUGCAUUUGCCGCCGUUAUCGAAUUUGUAUAUCAUCCUCGCCUACCUCGUCCUUGUCGUUUCGGUUACGUUUGCUAAAGUAUGGGUGUCGGGAAGCUAUAAGUGGGAAUCGGUAGCAUAUCGUGCGGCAUGGAUCAGUGUUGCUCAGCUUCCCCUUCUCUUCAUCUUGGCCGGGAAGAACAACCCCAUCGGCUGGAUCACCGGCACUUCCCAUGAACGCCUUAACUACAUCCACCGCUGGGCUGCGCGUGGAUUGUUGUUAACUUCCACUGUUCACUGGGGUUACUUCAUCACGGAGUGGAAUCACUACGGCGUCACGAAGCAGCAGUUCAAGAAUUAUCCGAUGGCUAAGUCUGGGUUCGCUGCGUGGGGUAUCCUGUUGUGGAUCGUCCUCAGCAGUUUCGCGCCGAUCCGUGGAUGGAGGUAUGAGUUCUUUGUGUUGCAGCAUAUCGCCAGUGCUGUUGCGUUCUUGGUGAUGGUGUACGUACAUAUCCCUGCCACUGCUCGUGCGUACUUGUGGGUACCGGUUGCAUUCUGGGCGUUUGACCGUACUGUUCGUACGGUGAUGAUUGGAUGGAGCUGCUGUUCGAAGGACAAGUCCAUCACUUCCAGCAAGACUCUUCUCGGCAACCAAGCCAUGAUCGAGGCUCUUCCUGGACACACUACUCGGGUCACCAUUGAGGCUCCGACAUUGUCCUCGUGGACUCCCGGUCAGCAUCUCUUCCUCCGCAUCCCGAGUCUCGGGUUGGUUGAUGCUACGCAAUCUCACCCUUUCACCAUCGCGUCUAUCCCGUCUGACAAGAAGCUCACCUUCCUUAUCAAGGGUAAGCGUGGGUUCUCCGGCAGACUCUGGAAGUGUGCAGCGGAGAUGCUUCCACCCGCGAACGAACGCAAGAUGGGUGCCAUCAUUGAUGGACCAUACGGUGUAUCACCCAUGGUGUGGGCAUAUGAUACUGUCGUGUUGGUUGCUGGAGCUUCCGGAGUUACCUUCACAUUGCCCAUCUUGAUGGAUCUGGUCGAGCGUGCGAGGAAGGGAAGGGACUUUUCUGCUGUGAGGAGGUUGCACUUCAUCUGGGUUAUCAAGGCCUACGCGCAUACAGCAUGGUGCGCAGAAGAGCUCGGUAAGAUCAGGCUGUUGGUGCAGGAGAAGGGAUUUAGGGGAUUGGAGGUCAAAAUUGAUAUUCAUGUCACUUGUGAUGAGACGUUUACUGCGAAUGCGGAGCUUGGGAACUUUGGCGCUGAUGGGGUUGCGGGGUUGAAGACGACUUGUGCGGAUGGGAAGUGUUGUUGUGCGACGUCUAGGUCGAGCAGUGAUGAUGAGAUUGAGGUGAUUGGGGUGAAUACGGGAUGCAAUUGCAAUUGCACCGUCCCGCCUCCUCCCUCGUCCUCUACAGGCUCCACGCCUCUGCUUCCGGCAUUCUCAGGUAGACCAGCGUUGAAGAAGCUGUUGAAGGAGGAUUUGGAGCAAGCAUUCGGAGAGACGGGAGUGGUCGUCUGCGGACCUACCGCUCUUGGAGCAAUGAUGAGGAACACGGUGAUUUCUCUCAGUGACGAGAGGGCUGUGCACAAGGGAACCGGGGCGCAGGGAAUCUACCUUCAUGUGGAGAGUUUCAGAUGGUAA